GCUGCCCUUUUCGCAAUUGAUACGCUAUUCGAAGAAGGUUCUUAUAAAAGAACUCCAAUAUUUAUUUCAGGUACUAUUGUCGAUCAAUCUGGCCGUACUCUCAGUGGUCAAACUGGUGAGGCCUUUGUGGUUAGCGUUAGUCACUCUCAUCCUUUAGCCAUCGGAUUGAAUUGCGCCUUAGGUGCUGAGCAAAUGCGCCCUUUUAUUCAAAAUAUUGCAAAGUUUACAAGUUCAUUUGGUCUUCCAAACACGUUUGGUGAAUAUGAUGAAUCUCCUUCAAUGAUGGCUGCAAAAGUUCAAGAAUUCGCUCGAGAUGGUCUAGUCAACUUAUUGGGUGGUUGCUGUGGUACCACACCUCCUCACAUAAAAGCCAUAGUAGAUGCUUGUUCUCAUUACAAGCCUCGAGUUCCACCACCUGAUGUUCGUUUGGAAAAUAUGUUAAUAUCUGGUUUGGAAGUCCUGAAAAUUAGCAAAGAAUCAAACUUUGUUAAUUUAGGUGAAAGAUGUAAUGUAGCUGGUUCGAGAAAAUUUUGUCGUCAUAUUCUUAACGGUGAAUAUGAAGAAGCUAUGACAAUUGCAAGAGCUCAAGUUGAAAAUGGUGCUCAAGUUAUUGAUGUUAAUAUGGAUGAAGGAAUGUUGGAUGGGAAAGCUGCAAUGACUAAAUUUUUGAAUUUAAUUUCUUGUGAUCCUGAUGUUGCUAAGGUUCCUAUUAUGGUAGAUUCUUCAAAUUUUGAAGUUAUAUUGGCUGGAUUAAAAUGUGCACAAGGAAAGUGUAUAGUUAAUAGUAUCAGUUUAAAAGAGGGUGAAGAAGAUUUUAUUAAAAAAGCAAAGAUUAUUCGAAGAUUUGGUGCAGCUGUUGUUUGUAUGGCCUUUGAUGAGGUAGGUCAGGCUGAUCUAAAAGAUCGUAAAGUGGAAAUAUGUACGAGAGAAUAUAAGAUCUUGACAGAAGUUGUUGGAUUUAAUUCUAAUGAUAUUAUUUUUGAUCCAAAUAUUUUGACAAUUUGUACGGGUAUGGAAGAGCAUAAUAAUUACGGUGUGGAGUUUAUUGAGGCUACUAGAGUAAUAAAACAAACAUUACCUGGUGCAAAG